AUGACGACCGCGACGACCGCAAUCCCGACCACAAUCCCGGGUAUGUACACUGUGCGGAGCGCGAAACGACUAUUUCCAUCUCCAUCUCCCACGAGCUCGCGCGUUUCAAUGGACAAUGGACGAUGUAUGGAGGAAGCAAUACACGCUGUUCCAGACGAUUUUGAAGUUGAACGUCGGUUGAUCCCCGGCCUCGAAGAUCGAAGAUUGGCAGGCUCAUUCUUCGUGGUGGGUGGCACCAUCAAGUCUCUUCAAAUAUUCAAAUAUUCAACCUUCAACCUCCAACCUCCAACCUCCAACCUCCAAACCUGCUUGAGGACCCCCGGCCACCUCACCGCGUUCACCUCCCCCGUCCCCGUUCAUGCUCCGAAGCGUCAUGUGGUCUAUGUAUAUGUUUAUGUCGGGAAUCGAGACAGAGCUGCGUGGGAGUGGUUCCUUCUGGGAUAUGGCAUAUGGCAUAUCCUCACCGGCCAACAGGCGUACGCGAACCCCCCCCCGCCGCCGAAAUAA